CAUCGGUUAAGGACUACUCAUUGUCAGUCACAAUGGGAUGCGAGAAAGGAAAAGGAGGAUUUCUGGCUGCUUUAAGGUCAAGUAUGGAACGACGGCGAGUCACUAAUGCGAAAGUAACUUCAUUGAGACAAAGGAAAUUUCAGGAAUUAACGAUGCUAAGAGAGCAAGAGAGCUUACAGCGAGCUAAGCAGAUCCUUGAGCGUCGAAAGAACGAGCGUAAUCGCCUGAAUGCGUACAUGCGCUCGAUUGGUAACCCCCAUACCAAGCAUCCAGAUCAAUUCAGAAAGAUGCGACGGCACAACACGGAGGGAAUAUAUGGGCGACCUCCUUGGUCAGCUUCCUUGCGAAGCGAUUUCGAAACUCUCAUGAAGUUGAAGGAGAAGGAAAUUGCUGUUGCAGCCUUGAGAACAGAAAAUCAUAGCCAGCUGCCAGCCAAGAGCAUUCUUUCGGAGGCGAAGGAUACGAACCAUACAAAUGCAGGUUAUCAAACUCGCCCAUCGAGAAAAGAGUUUGAGUUCUACGACAAUGGGAUGCAACCAGAAUUGGGUGAUAAACGCGUGGACAUGUAUCUCAACUCUUUGCAGAAUGUUUUUAAAAACCUGAAAAAUGAGAUUCUUGAGUUUGCAAAUGAGUCAGAAAAAUCCCAAACUGAUGAUGGCACAGACCUCAUCCGAAUCGAACCUACAGUUUACAGAGAUCAUUUAUUCAGUGGUCUUAGAACAGACAACAGAUUAUUGCCACCAAGAGCUCCCACGUCUGAUCUGGAAGUGGUCAACCCUGCUCUCAAGUCAUGUCUUAAAACAAACAGAGACAACCAGAAAUCUUUUGGCCCGGUAACAGACACUGCAAGAACUUUUCUCCAUGCGCCAAGCGAGAGAAACAUGCCACAUGGAGCCUUCAACUCAACAGCAGUCCCAACCACGAAGGUGGAAACGGCAGUUUUAGCACCAACGUCAGAUGGAUAUCAGCCAACGCUGAUGGUCACAACACAUUCAACAGUCAAGAGCAUGACGGAUCAUUCUCUCGACACGGAAACAUUGUCCUGGGACGAGGACAUGGAUCAUGCGGAUGACCCUUUCGACGUUGCAUUUAAUUCAGACUGCAAGGAGCAUCAGUUCCCUCAACCAACUAGCGACAUGGGUUUGUCAGAACAGCCUUCUUUUAUACCAACAAUACCAAAUGUUGUCACAUCAGAAGAACAGGCUUCGGCAUCAGUUUCAUCUGAGAACGCAUCGUUCAAACCUGAGAUUAGGAAACCUACCUCAGAUCCUCAAAUGGAGAGCGGAAGUCUGGAUAUGACAUCUUGCUCUGGCAGAGAUGCACUGUUCCAAGAAGCUCAAAAUAAAACCAUUAGCACUACAAAGGCUUCCUCCAACUCGUGUUCUGUUCAACGAAUUAUGUCAACCCGUUCUAAUCUUCCUCCAAGAAAGACUACUUGCUGA